AUGGGACAAACAGAAAGCCCAAAUAAAAAUAAUAAUAAUAAUAAUAAUAAUUUUAGUGAAUAUGUUGGUGGAAAUAUAGAUAAUAAAAGUCAAAAAUAUGGAACAAUUAACAAUAGUAAUCAAAAGAUAAUACCAAAUGAAUAUACACACUUUAAUAAUAAUAAUAAUACAGAUAAUAAACAACAAUUAAACAAUAGUACUGGUGGUGUUACUGGUGGUAGUAGUGGUAGUGGAUCAAUAAGUAAAAGUACUAGUACCAAUGAAAUUAUAACAAUUAAUCAAUUAGAGAAAAAAGAAGAAUACGAACCAGAAUUAAAUAUAUUAUUUAAUACACCAAUUUUUUAUCCAUUAUUAAGUAUUGAUGAUGAUGAUGAUGAUGAAUUUGAUCAAGAUCAAAGUGUUGGUAAUGGUGAUGAUAUAUUAGGAGAUGAAGAAAAGUUUAUAAAAUAUUUAAAAAAGAAACAUCAUAUAUCAAUACCAGAAAUGGAUCAUCGUGGUUAUUUAAAUUUAUGUAUAGAUAUUCAAAAUUAUUUAAAGAAUUCAACAGGUUAUAUUCAUGAGAAACAAAAUGAAAUCCUUCAAAAAAUACGAGAUGUUGAAACUAAACAAGCAAAGAAAAUCACUAAUAUUAUGCAAAUUAAAACUAGUGAUGCAACACAUGCUCAAUUUGGUAUUAAAGAAGUAAUGGAUAAAGUUAAAGGUAAUCUCGACAAAUCUAAAGAAAUCAUUCAUAAAAUUAGUUUUUUAAUUGAAAAAAUUGAAUCUACUUUACCAGAGGAUGAAAUCAAUGAAUUAAAAGAAGAAAUGAAUGCAACCUUUGGUCCAUUACAAAUGAUAUAA